GAUCUCGAAUUUGAUCUCCUGCACCGGUUAUAGGAACGUGCGUCGAGUCUUGUUCAAGUUGGAUCGCUUAGUUGUUUUUAUAUCCCUCUGAAUGAACCCAUAAUCUUCAAUCUUCAACCUUCGAUUACUGCAGCUAGUGUAUCAGAUGAAACUCAGCAGUACAAUGUGAACUUCAUUUAAACGUCCUUAGCGACAACUCUCAGUGAACCUGGCCCCGACAACAUGAGGUCUCUGCCUGUUCUUCACGUUCCAACAACCUCCUUCAGCUUUUUCUUUCACUCUUACAUGGCUCUCGCUCUUUGGUCCGUAGCACGAUGCUCCAAAAACGGCAGCAGAUGGCUGGAACAAUCGAGCAACAACGUUCGAUCGAUCUAGAUAACGACGUCCACUACGAACCUGCCUCUGCAUGGGAAGAGUCUUCCAACGCACCCUGCACCUCAAGUCGUCUCAGCGAAAAAACCACCCACCGGUUUACAAGCCAGCCAGGUGCUUCGGCAUCCUUUAGCUUUGAAGGAGACAGACUAUCGGUGACUGGUAUCAAAUCGAAUACCAGUGGUAUUCUGCAUAUAUCAACGGACGGAAACCAGAACUUCACCCAGGACCUCUUACUUCCUGGUCUCUCGGCAUGCUCGCUUUUCUUCGACGACCAUAUCACAAAUGCGUCUCAUACAGUCACCCUGACAUUGCUUGGCCGAAACACAACUAAUAGUACUUCGGGACCAUCGCUGCUUCCGUCUGAGUUACGUCUUUUGGAGAUUUCAUACUUCGUCAUCGUUCCUUCACCGUCAGCUUCCGUUAGCCCCGUUACGUCCCACACGACCAAACACACACCCGUCAGCACUCUCGUCUCCAUCAUCAUAGGUUCCAUAUUGGGUACCUUCGUUCUCAUUCUGAUCGUACUUCUUAUCUGGAGACGAAGGAGAAAGUCCCGAAGCAAUAUCUUGCAACCUGAAGCUGCGAUACGACCGUCCAGUUAUGUUGCAACAUAUGAGGGCAUGGCGGAACACAGAACGUUAACAACAUUAUCCUAUGGCCAUUCGGAGCAUUUAGCCUCAGACCAGAUAGCUCUGUUGCCUGUCUCUUCUGCUUCUUCAAAUAGUAGGUCGUCGAGAGCAACUCUCCAGUCUGUGACUUCAGAGCCAGAACAUAGCGCGUCGCGUCCACCUUUGUACAGCCCCGAUCAUGAUCUGAACCCUCCUCCGCCCUAUGACGAUUUAGUUCCAACACAAGCUGUGUCUUCUGUUACUUACUAAACGGGGCUAGAUAUAUCAUUCACUCAUCCUUGGCAUUUAAUCUAUGCAGCUCGAAUGACGGACCUUCUCGCCGGCGCGACCGAAUGGUCACACAAGUAGCAACUGAUAUCAAUAAGUAUAGAAGGUGUCA